AUGGCGCUAUUGACGCUGUCUUUGACUCUGCGCAAGGAGGAGUCAGGCAGUAACCUCGUCGGACUACUCGCAGGCAUAGUGAAGGCAUUUCCCAGUGACUGUCUUCUUGCUCCGGAGGAUGAGAAGCCGCCUGUCUUCUUCUCUGACUUGCCGGAUGAAGUCCUACUUCUCAUUGUACACAGGAUGGAUAAUACAACUAUAGGGCGCUUUGCCCAGGUCUGCCGCAAGGCAUGGCGGAGAGACUUGGUCGUUUCGACGUAUAAACCUCCACAAAUUUCGUCGCUGACCGAGUUGGUCCCAUUUAUCGAGCGACAUGGACAUGACUACCGUCGCGUAUAUAUCGAACAACCUAGAGACCGGCAGCCUGGGUUGACGUUGAGCGAGAACCACUGGAUCCGCCAACUUAUAACCUACAACCGGUACUUACGGUCCUUCCCUGAUGGACGAGUGUUGUCCCUCCUUGUGAACGAGGAAUACGCCCCACAGCAAAUGAUUCCGCUCUCGAGGAACAACUCCCGCAUGAAGUGA